CCUGCCAGCGAAAUCCGCUGCUCUUCUCAACCAACCUAACUAUAUUCAAUUUCACCUCCUACGGCGAGUGGUACGAUGCAUGCGGCCGCACCAUUUUGUUGUACACCAAAACCAAAUCGAACUGGACAAACGCCUGGAAGCAGUGUUGUGCCGUCGGACUCAACCUGACCUCAACGGAGUCCGCCGGGAAAUUAAGUUGCUUUUCCAGGAUUGUCUCUAAGUUCGCUCCGAAAACCUAUGGCGAUUUCUGGCUGGCCGGGACGGACGUGGGAUGCCCGUCCAGCUUCAGAUGGUGUCCAUUGAACCGUAGCUUUGUCGACCCUGAGCUCAGGUGGAAGGAGGGACACCCAAAGGACGGCCUGGACUGCGUUUAUCUGGAGGCGAGGAACGGAUCGGUGCUGCUGGCCACCGCAAACUGCACCGAGCAGAAAUUCUUUUUCUGCGACCUGAUUAACGUGGCGUCCUCGCCAAAUCGCGCCAUUCAAAACGAGUGCGCCGACAUUUGGGAAAUUACCAGUGAGCAAAUUGACAAUCUGCUGAUCUCCAGCUUUUUUAAUUCGCUGAACAUCACACAAAAUCUCAGGUGCUUCUUGAAAUGCAUGGGUGUCAACAUUGGAAUGUUCGAAUUAGGAGGAGUGAAUGGAAUUGAUUUGUUGCGGCAAAUAGAACUAGCGGCUGAAGAGGAUCCUGUCCAAAUGCAAAAUGGAUUCAGCGCUUACGACACAUGCAGCGGAAAAAAGUUUGACGACGAGUGUGUGACUGCUGAGGAAAUUUACAAGUGCGGUCUGAAGGAGGCACCCGAUCUGGUCGCAAAAAUCGUAAACAACAAUAACAUCAAUGAAUCCAUGCUGAUUCCACCGCUCCCGUGUGUUCCGAAGCUUCGAUCCUGUUGGCUCUCGAAUUCGUACCCCUGCGUCGCAAACCAAACGGCAAUCGAUCAAAUCAUGAACAGCAUCAACAUGACAGAUGAUAUGGGAAAGUUUUUUAAUUCGUCGGGAAAGUUAUACUACAUUGGAAGAGCUAAAACUACAGGAAUUGAUGUGGUUGCAGCUUUCCAACGGUGCUGUGCGCUUGGAAUGAGACUUUACGAACCACUCAAUUCUCCGCUGGAUUUAAUGUUUGUCUUUGGAAUGUCUUUGCCUGAUGAGUACAGGACUUCACGUGCUUAUCUCGUAGGAGAAACGGAGAGGAUCAACCAGACGCACGAAGUGUGGUGCCGCAGCCGCAAUGUUUUGCAAGACGGUGUAUUCUCGACUGUGGAAAGAUUUCCUUGCACCGAGUCCAUAAUUGGCGUUUUCAGCGAUAUAUCUUUCGUCUUGAAGUCCAGGCCGAAUGAGAACAUUCACAACUUGUACAUCAACCGGGCUAACAUUGACGAUUUUGCCUCUUUCAUUUGCGAGAAAGUGUAGAAAUAUUGCGAUAAUGAUUUGUAAUGAAAUUUAAUUUGAACAAAAUUCAUAAACAAUUUUAA